AUGGGUAAUGGGUCUUCGAAUAACAGUGGUGGUGGUGGUGAUUUGAAGAAAGAUCAACCUCCGCCCUUUAACAAUAUCAAGUGGGGUGAUUUGUUACUGAAACCAGAUCUUGAAAACAACUUGGCUAUAGGAUUAACUGGUUUGCUUGCUUGGGCUAGUGUUCAAGGGAAAUCCCUUUUCAUGCUUGUUCGAGUGUUGCUAACUGGAAAGCUCCACGGUCCUGACAUAGGCUCUAGCAUAAUCCUUCUUCAUCAAGCUGGAACUUGA